UCUGCCCUCUCUGGUAGUGUGUGGUAGUGUAGUGUAGUGCAUCUAAAAAGAACAGGACAACGUUUUCACUCUCUAUAAUCCUGCGCACUGAAAUACUGAACCGAGAUAUUUUUCCAACAUGACGUGAGUUGACAGUUGUUGACAGUUCAAUAAACUGAAAGCGGAGAUUUUGGAACACAACUAAUUCACAAUGAGUGAUUAUAAAAUACCGAUAAUUGAGCCAACUAUAGAUUACACAAAGGUGCCGCCUAUCAACCAAAAGCGAACGGUUUCCUUCAUUAAUCACUUUAUCACGCAUACCGUCAUGUUUCUGAAUAAAUUUGCCUUGUCCUGUGAGGAGAAACUGUUCAAUUUCGAAAAUAAAUUGCAAAAGUUAGAAGCAUCGUUAGAAAUAUUAGAAUCACGGUUAUCUUCUAUACCUGGUUUAGAACAAGAACAUCAUAAAGAAUCAAAUAAUGUUAAUGAAUAUAAUACAAAUAAAUUGGAAGAGGUGGAGGUAUGUGAGAUGGACGAGCCCGAUGACAGUGAAAUAAAGCCUAAAGACGAAGAGAAAGAGGUACAAUCUGCAGCUAAAGAUCCACGCUAUGAAAAAUACUUUAAAAUGUUGCACUUUGGAGUACCAAAACAAGCGGUUAAAUUAAAAAUGGAGCAAGAAGGAUUGGAUUCAUCUAUAUUAGACAAUCCACAACAAAUAGUUUCUAUACCACAAUUGUCAGAAAACAAUGAGAAUCAAGGUGAAUAAGUAUGAAGGUAAUUGUUCUAAUGCUAUGUGAUGUAUGCGCCAAUGCCUCUUAGGCUUAUUCGACAUUUUUGCAUUAUAAAAUAUAGAAUAAAGAAAAAAAACAUACAAA